AUCCAAACAAAACUUUAUUAUAGAUCAACCAUGCUCCUCAAGACUUGUCUCCCUUCCUCCACCAUAGCCACAAAAUCUCCACUCAUUUCCUUCUCCAAAUCCACUCUUCUUCUCCCUCCUUUUUCCCGUAAAGUUUCUUCAACCUUUCCUCGGACUUCCAAAACCCCAUCUCUCUACUCUCCACCAAAGAUGAGUUGGCUCAACAAAUUGGGUUUUGGUGCUCGUACUGAUACUCCAAUGGAUUCUUCUUCCUCUGCAAUUCCACAAGGACCUGACACCGACAUCCCUGCCCCAGGCCAACAGUUUGUCCAAUUUGGGGCUGGAUGCUUUUGGGGGGUUGAAUUGGCCUUUCAGAGAGUGCCUGGUGUUACCAAGACAGAAGUUGGAUAUUCACAAGGGUAUUUGGAUAAUCCUACGUAUGAAGAUAUUUGCUCUGGGAAUACCUUUCAUUCAGAGGUUGUUAGAGUUCAGUAUGAUCCGAAGGAGUGCAAUUUUGAUACCUUGCUUGAUGUAUUUUGGGAUCGGCAUGACCCCACCACCCUCAAUCGACAGGGUAAUGACGUUGGCACCCAAUACAGGUCUGGAAUUUACUUCUACACACCUGAGCAAGAGAAGGCAGCACUAGAAGCGCGAGACAGACAACAAAAGAUAUUGAACAGGAAUAUUGUUACUGAGAUCUUGCCGGCUAAGAAAUUUUACAGAGCUGAAGAGUAUCAUCAGCAGUAUCUUGCAAAGGGGGGUCGCUUUGGUUUCAGGCAGUCUGUUGAGAAAGGAUGCAACGAUCCCAUCCGAUGCUAUGGUUAAGGCCACUCUGUUUGCAGGAGAAAAAUAAAUGGAUUCCAUGUUUGUUCUUUCUUGUAAGCUAUUGUUUGUUUAUAGGCUUGAAAUUGUGAUUUUAUACUAGUGUAUUUAUUUGAUCGACCUAUUAUAUAAUUUACUAGAGAACAGCCACUGUAUAUUAUUGCAGUUUCAGGUUAUUUCAUCUUUGUUAGUGUCAUUGCUCAUAUUAAACUUACAUAAGAUAUAUUGUAGAUAUUUGGAUAAUUUCAAGACUCUUUG